AUGGACUCGGAGCGGGCCGAGCUCGCAAAAACUGCAUACUCCAGCUCAGAAUCGGCCUUCCAUCCACUCUCUGGCUUUCUUUCUGCUCUGGAACCGGGCCAUCCCCAGCAGUCCAUCGCUUCUCGCGGCAUUUGCCGUGGUCUAUGCAGCGUACCGUUUCUCGAGUGCGCCCUUCUCCCACGCGUGGGGCGAGCUGGUCCCAUCGGAUACGCGUCGACGCGGUGCUGCGCUGCCUUGGUCGAGGAGGGCUGGGCCCAGUUCGGGGGGAACUUGAAGGCGUUUAUCCUCCAACGUGGAGCUGCUGCGGCGCUCGGACAACACCGUGUCCUCGAGGUUGAUAUAUUUUGGAAGUUCAACGCCCCUGAGCGCGAAACAGCUCUUUCUCCCGGAUAUCAUGUUUGGGAACAUCACGAGCAACCCGUACCACUUGGAGACCAUCAUCCGCUGGCGAUCCCUGAGCACCUGCCCCUCAAAGACGGAGUGCUGAACUGGUUCCCCGCGUCCACCCGCAGACUCGUCUGGAAGGUAUUCUGCGCCACGCUUGGUGCCAAGGACAGCGCUGUGCGACGUGUCAGCCCCUACGUGCAGGCCCGGAUCGACUACGCUCAGCAGGAAAAUCCGGGCACGAUCACCGAUCUGCUGCUACGCUAUGCGCCGGAGGAGAAUAUCGCGGACGUCAAGAAGCUCGCUGCGCGCGUGAUUCAUCUCAAUAUGGCUGCAACACAUACCUCGUACGCUUUAGUGCCCUCACUGGGAUUCCGGGGUCGGAAACACCUGCACAGUGGUAUCUUCACCACCCACUCGCUGUUUGAGCUGGCACGCAUAGAGCCAGCGAUGGUCCAGCGGAUCCGAGACGAGAUCGUCGCUGCCAUUAAUUUCGAGGGUGGUGUCUGCAACAAGGCGGCUGUCGACAAGUUCUAUCUCCUCGACUCGCUCCUAAAAGAAACCGGACGGUUUCACUCCCUCUUUGCCGGUGCGUUGUCACCUCCUGUAGGCAUGAUUAAUCUACUCACUGAUCUCAGUGGGGUCAUCCCGCGUCGUACUCCGCGAGACUGUCAUCUCCGACGGCACCGUCCUCCCAGCCGGCAGCGUUGUGGCCCUCGCGCCGCGGCCGCUGCACCACAACGCCUAUUUUGUACGACAGGCCCAUCAGCGUCUGCGCACAUCCUCCCGGGCGCACGAGUGUUCGGGUGUCUCCCGGUGCCGAGCCUCCUCGCCGGCGGCGGGACGCUUGCGGAGUAUCUCGUCAUCCCUGCCUCCUGCGUUGCGCUAGCUCCCGCGGGCAUGAGCUCGCCCGUCGCGGCGUCGCUAGCGGGCGGCGGGCAGACGGCGGAAAGCGUGGUGCUGGAGGGAAAGAUCCGGCCGGGGACGCGUGUGCUCGUGAACAGGGGCUCGGGGGGCGUGGGCUCGAUGGUCAUCCAGCUCGCCAAGGCACAGGGCGCGUAUGUCGUUGCGACGUGCUCGGCGCGGACCAGGGCGAUGGUGGAGGGUCUGGGGACCGACGAGGCCGUUGACUACCGCGCAAACGCACCUCUAACCGCCUUCUUAGCUCGAGAAUACCACUCGCGGCCUUUCGAGUACAUCUUCGACACGAUCGGCACCCAAGCCCUCUUCUAUCAUUCGCCGGCAUAUCUCAGGGCGGACGGGCUCUUCGUCAACGUCGGAAACUUCGAGGGCCUCUUCCUCACCGUUUGGCGAGCCAUGCUGAGCACCUAUCUCCCAACGAUCCUCGGCGGCGUCCCGAGGCGGUACAACAUGAUCAGCACGACUCCCAAUGGGGAGAAGGCAGCUGCACUGGCGGAGAUGGUUGAGCGAGGAGAGCUGCGGGUGGUCAUUGACGAGAUCUUUGAGUUCCGCGAUGCCUUGAAGGCUUAUGAUCGGAUGUUGGCACGGAAUGCGAUGGGAAAGAUAGUCGUGAAAGUACAAGACUUGUGACUUGGACUGCUGGCUGGGAAGAAUGAAGCGCGCGAUCCUUUCCUCAUCGAGUGAGAAUACAGAAUACAUCAAUGCUUUUUUGCGA